GCGGAGCCACAAUGGCGUCUGUUGCAGAGGCCCAGCAGUAAAACGGAGCAGCGAGUGAAUGAAGUCAGCUGAUCUCCGUCUGCUGUCACGCAUCGCAGCAACCAUCGUUUUCUCUCUCGAAGCAAGACAGUAAACCGCCACCUCAUAAUCAGACGACUUAUAAACCUGUAAAGAUGGACACGUCCAAGCUGCCCAAGAUCCGGGAUGAGGAGAGAGAGAGCCAGUUUGGAUUCGUUCAUGGAGUCUCUGGACCAGUGGUGACAGCUACAGCCAUGGCGGGAGCAGCCAUGUAUGAGCUGGUCCGUGUCGGCCACAGUGAGCUGGUGGGAGAGAUUAUCAGGCUGGAGGGAGACAUGGCCACCAUCCAGGUCUACGAGGAGACAUGAUGUGGUGAUGGAGCUGGAGUUUGAAGGGGUGAAGGAGAAGUUCACCAUGGUGCAGGUGUGGCCCGUCAGACAAGUGCGGCCCGUAACAGAGAAGCUGCCCGCCAAUCACCCGCUGCUGACCGGACAGAGGGUGCUGGACGCCCUUUUCCCGUGUGUGCAGGGUGGAACCACAGCCAUCCCCGGAGCCUUUGGCUGUGGAAAGACUGUCAUCUCUCAGUCCCUGUCCAAGUACUCCAACAGUGACGUCAUCGUCUACGUAGGCUGCGGGGAGCGUGGUAACGAGAUGUCAGAAGUACUGCGAGACUUCCCUGAGCUGACCAUGGAGGUUGACGGGAAGACGGAGAGCAUCAUGAAGAGAACGGCACUGGUGGCCAACACCUCCAACAUGCCUGUAGCUGCCAGAGAAGCCUCCAUCUACACAGGAAUCACGCUGUCUGAGUACUUCAGAGACAUGGGAUACAACGUGAGCAUGAUGGCCGACUCCACCUCCCGUUGGGCCGAGGCUCUCAGGGAGAUUUCUGGCCGUCUGGCUGAGAUGCCUGCUGACAGUGGCUAUCCUGCCUACCUGGGUGCCCGUCUCGCCUCUUUCUACGAGCGUGCUGGAAGGGUGAAGUGUCUGGGCAACCCUGAGAGGGAGGGCAGCGUCAGUAUCGUAGGAGCUGUAUCGCCUCCUGGUGGUGACUUCUCUGACCCUGUCACUUCAGCCACCCUUGGUAUUGUACAGGUGUUCUGGGGUCUGGAUAAGAAGCUGGCUCAGAGGAAGCACUUCCCCUCUGUGAACUGGCUGAUCAGCUACAGCAAAUACACCCGUGCUCUGGAUGAGUAUUACGACAAGCACUUCCCCGAGUUUGUGCCCCUGCGUACCAAGGCCAAGGAGAUCCUGCAGGAGGAGGAGGACCUGGCUGAGAUUGUGCAGCUUGUCGGAAAGGCAUCACUGGCAGAAACGGAUAAAAUCACUCUUGAAGUGGCCAAACUGCUCAAAGACGACUUCCUGCAGCAGAACGGUUACACUCCUUAUGACAGGUUCUGUCCCUUCUAUAAGACGGUGGGCAUUCUCUCCAACACGAUUUCUUUCUACGACAUGGCACGACACGCAGUGGAGACCACAGCUCAGAGCGACAACAAGAUCACUUGGGCCAUGAUCAAGGAGCACAUGGGAGAAAUCCUCUACAGGCUCAGCUCAAUGAAAUUCAAGGAUCCAGUGAAAGACGGCGAGGCUAAGAUCAAGGCCGAGUACGCUCAGCUAGUGGAGGACAUGCAGAACGCCUUCCGUACGUUGGAAGAAUAGGCUCCUGCCUCUCGAGCCCUUUAUGGAUUUCAUCUCUGAGCCCUCCACUGAAGAAUCACAUUCCACCUCCUCAUGUUCCUGAAAAACCUACGUGCUCCCCUGUGCUCCUUUUUUGUGAGUGAUUGUAUGAGUGUGUGUGUGUUUGUGUGAGUGUGGGUGUGUGUGUGCGUGUGCACAUUUUCAUGUGGAGGGAAAAGAGAAAGAUGUACUGUAUUCAUUAUUAUUUGUUGCCUCAUAUCGGCGUACUCUGGAUCCUCUGCAUGGUCGCUGAUCGUGCAUGCGUGUGUGGAUUUAAUGUGUGUAUGAAAGAGGAAUCUCUUCACCCCGUUUCUUCCUUUCUCUGUUUACAUGAUUUCUGUGUGUAACCAUGUUGCUCUUCCUGAAGAGGAUUGUUCGGUUGAUGUAUUGUAAUUCAAAAACCAUCUGUACAGAAGAGUAUUGAAUAUAAAUUUAAUAAGAUCAGUCUAUUUAUUGCCAGCAUUUUUGACGUGGAGGCUUUGUUCUUUCCUUUUUGUUUUUAUGGUUGUGUUUCACGCUGUGCAGUGUCGUGUACUUUGCUGUGUGAAUGUGUAAGAGUCGGACUCCGACGCUCUGCUGUCCAAUACUUUCAUCAUGUUACUCCCAAAGAAUUAAAACAUGAGGAAAAAGAUUAA